GUUAAGGAGGACGGGGCGGCGUCCCUGGUUACGGGGUCAGGCAAAGGGCAAAGGGCAGCGUCAGGGUUGAGCAAGGAUUAGUAAUGGCGGCGUCUGGGGAGCCCGGGAGGCCCUGGCAGGAGGAGGAGGAGGCAGCAGCGGUGGUAGUGGUGGGUUCCUGCAUGACCGACCUGGUCAGUCUUACUUCUCGCUUGCCAAAAACUGGAGAAACCAUCCAUGGACAUGAGUUUUUUAUUGGCUUUGGAGGAAAAGGUGCCAACCAGUGUGUCCAAGCUGCGCGACUGGGAGCAAAGGCCGCCAUAGUCUGCAAGGUUGGCAGCGAUUCUUUUGGCAAUGAUUACAUAGAAAACUUAAAACAAAAUCAUAUUUCUACAGAGUUUACAUAUCAGACCAGAGAUGCAGCUACAGGAACAGCCUCCAUAAUUGUCAAUAAUGAAGGCCAGAAUAUCAUCGUCAUAGUGGCUGGAGCAAAUCUGCUUUUGAAUUCUGAAGACUUGAAGGAGGCAGCCAGUGUCAUUAGCCGAGCCAAAGUGAUGAUCUGCCAGCUAGAAAUAAGCCCAGCAGCUUCUCUGGAAGCUCUGACAAUGGCCCGCAGGAGUGGAGUGAAAACCUUGUUCAACCCAGCUCCAGCCAUGGCUGACCUGGACCCCCAGUUCUAUACCCUCUCCAGUAUUUUCUGCUGCAAUGAGAGCGAGGCUGAGAUUUUAACAGGCCAUGCAGUGAGUGACCCCACCACGGCUGGGAAGGCUGCAUUGGUUCUCCUAGAACGGGGCUGCCAGGUUGUGGUCAUCACCUUAGGGGCUUCAGGAUGCGUGAUGCUGUCACAGGCUGAGCCUGUUCCAAAGCACAUUCCCACUGAAGCUGUCAAGGCUGUAGACACCACGCCCUCCUUGUCCCAAGAAUGACAUCUAGAAAACUCUGAAGACUGUGCUGCCAGAGGCUGCCAAAGAAAGACGAGGAUUACAGAAGAUUCUCCGGCUGUGAGGAAAGGACAGGGGCAGAGCAGCCACUGAAGCAGCUGAUAGACAGCACAAGCGACAUCUGUCAUGCCCUGAAGGCUGCGUGAGCUGUAUUGCAUUGCUUCUACAUCAGCAGACCACCUCAUUUAUUAGCUAAUCAGGUAGAAUUCAGUACUUGAAAUUAUCCUUCCUAACCCUGAAUGUGAUCAGUUGAAAACCCAGGGCUCAAACAAUUUAAUUGUAAUUGCUUACCAGAAAUGUCAUGUUCUUGUUGAAGAACUGAACCAGGGCCAAGCAUGGGCUUUUUUUCCUGUCUUCCCAAUACAGCAGAACUGAGUUUACACAGUGCUGCAGGGCGCUAUACUUUAGCAGCCCUGGAAUGCAUCUGGGACCAGGCCUGUCUCAGAGAUAGCUCAAGUGUGGCCACAGAGAAGAGUGGCAUAGGAUGGAGAAGGAGCAGUCAUUUCAGCAUCCGUCUAAAUAAAUAAAAUAAAUGUUGUCAAACUGCAAAGCCCAGAAUGCUGAGCCUGCCAUGCCCGUGGUCUUCACUGUUGCUGAUGCAGGUGUGCAGGGGAGUCAAAAGGCAGGUGUGUGCGUCAUAGACCUGAACAUCUGCUUGCUUGUGUAGGAAAAUAUGACUGUACACUAUAGGUUGUACUCUGUAAAGAUACUGUUAAUGGUAUAAACAAAGAGGUGUGUAUGUGUAUGAGUGUGUUUACAUAAUGUACUAUAGUGGGACUCAAGAUUCUCCUACCCUCAUCAUCUCCGAGGGCAGGAUUGCAGGAAUUGUGGUCACAUGAUACCAUACCCAGAUUUU